AUGGUGGACGUUCGACGCGGUUCAAAUACCAAGAAUGCAAACGCAAACUCCAGAAGGGCAAUCGCUUCCUGUCUGGCAAGUUUUCGCCGCGGUCAGGAAGGAAUGGUAGCAACCAGGUAUGCUGCACCAACCAGUGCUCGCUUUGUUGGUGUUUUUUAUAGUGUGUCAGUCUAUUGGGACUUUCGCGCGAUUGCCAUCAGUCGUUGGAGACGUUAUAAGACAAUCCAAACCCAAACGCGGUUCGCUCAAAUUGUGUCCACCAGAAUAGAAAAGAAAACUCUAGAAGCAGUUUUUGAAGCCAUUACUGCAGGUGGUCCGUCAUUUCUUGAUGCAUUCAACCUCAUUUGUCCGAUGCGACGACGACGACGAAGCAUAAGUGACUUCAGUGGUAUCACAUCCCUUGAAAGGACAAUGCAGAAAUGUUGUGAAGAAGGUUGCCAAUUUGGAGACAUUUUCGCUACCUGCAAUCCUUUCGGAUAA